AUGAUAAACAACGAAGAUGCUCCUUUACUUGAUGGAGUAGACUAUCACCAACAUGCAUUAAAUGGAGAUCAACAACAAUUUAGAACCUACAAAUCUCGGUACUAUGUGCUGUUUCUCUUCACAUUGGUGUCUCUGCAACAAUGUAACCAAUGGAUCACUUUUUCUACGGUAGCACCCCUAUCGUCUACCUACUAUAACUCACCUAUCGCACUCAUCAACUUUUUGUCGGCUGUUGGCCCAAUCAUUUUCGUUCCAUUCUCUAUUGUCAUGACAUGGUCUAUCAACCGAUACGGUAUCCGAAAGAAUAUUAUGAUUUCUGCGGGUCUAGUUGCCCUUGGAUCUGUCAUACGUAGUAUUCCUGGUCAAGGCAAUAAACUAUUCCCCCUUAUUGUCAUUGGUCAGGUUUUCAAUUCGGUUGCCGGUCCAGUUGUCAUGAUUCUUCCCACAAAGAUAUCAGCUACAUGGUUUGCACCAUCAGAACGUACCUUUUCAACUGCCAUUGGUACAUUGUCCAACUUUUCAGGUAGUGCAAUUGCAUUUAUCGUUUCAUUGUACGCAGUUGAUGGUUUACACCUUAGAUACCUUUUAUUUGCAGAGGCUACAUUCUCGAUUUUGAUUUUUGCAGCUGUCUGUAUCUACUUUCCCGAGAAACCACCAUCCCCACCAUCUGCCACCUCCUUCAUCUCUGAUAUUAAGAGUCAAACUCCACUUGGAUCAUCAGGUGACAUUUACCAACCACAAUCACUCUUGCAAAGUUGGAAAACUCUCUUUGUCAGCUCCUAUCAAUUCAUGACUAAUUCAUCUGCUGCAAUUGUAACGAUUGCUGUUGCAUUAACAUCUGGUACUUAUGCUGGUUGGAGUGCUGUCUUAACAGAAAUAUUAUUAGAUGUUUAUACUAUAGAACAAGGUAAAAUGUUUGGUUUCUAUGGUAUCUUGGCUGGCAUUGUCGGUGGUUUAAUGUGUGGAUUUGCACAUGACAGAUUCCAUAAUUUUAAAAAGAUACUUUUAUUCCUUUUUGCCAUUAAUACUAUUAUUUAUUUAUUAUUUUCACUAAUGGUUGAUGGAUAUAUACCAAGAUAUUAUUGGUUAGGACAAUUAUUAAAUGUUUCUGGAGGAUGGGUGAUUAAUGGAUUCUAUCCGAUUAUUUAUGAAGCGGCUGUUGAAGUAUCCUACCCCAUUCCAGAGUCGAUUGGUACAUCGAUCAUUUCCAUUCUUUUGAAUGUUGUCACUUUUAUCGCUAUUAUGGUGGGCAGUGUUGUUCCAGUCUACUAUCUCAAUUAUUUCUUGGUUGCCACUUCUCUAAUCUCAUUUUUACUAAUAUUCUUUGUAAAAGAGGAAUAUAAGAGAUCAAAGAAUGAUAACCUUAUUACAUAA